AUGCCAAACCCUCGUAUUUCGCGCAAGAACCUCGCUCUUCACCGCAACGGUCAACUGGCUGUUUCCUCUUUCCAGCCACUGCCCACUAUCAAUCGUAUGAACACGAAACCUAUCAAAAGCAGUGGUACAAUCUUCGUAACCGGCAAACAAACCUCCGCUUUCUUUCCAGGUCGAGCUCCGCGCCAAUCUCCCACGAAGAAGUUACCCAAACGUGAUGUUCCAGCAGCUGAAGGCGAUUUUACACCGGUGGAAUACCAUAUCCCUGGUGCGGGCUCGCGCAAGCGAGCCGCGCAGUAUGAUAACUGGAUGAAGAUGCUUCCCGACCUCGUUCCUCCCUACCUGCAACUCAUGGUGGACACGGACUCGCUCAAAAGAGUUGGGGACAUCCACCCUGGACGUGCCACUUGCGCUUGUAUCAAACGUCGGCUUCAAAUCACUGUUAUUCGAUGGAUCUCGAUCGAAGAUAUCGAACUCCAGAGCUGUCCUCAUUGCGACGCCUUCCGAGCCCCAAUUCUCCUGCUGCAGGGCGGACUCUUUCCCUGCAGUCCUUGCAAUCCAACUCUCGCGGUCGAAAUACCUUUACUCCAGUUCUUUAUCGAGCUCGGGCUCAACGUGGCGCCGAAUAAUACGGCAUUCUGCAAAACGCUAGAGAAUGUUCUGGCCGAAUGGGGGUAUAAGAUGGCGUCUGGGGAGCGCCUCCGUAUCCGAUUUGGGAAUACGACUCAAUGGUUCACCCAAUUGCGGCUCCUCGUUGACAAACGAGUCAACGAUGCCUUGGAACCGGCUCGGACCGCUGCCCGGAACCGUUAUGCCGAUGACACCGUCGAUCAUCCGAACGAGGAAGCUGUCAUUACCCCGCAUCAAGAAGGUGUCAUUACCCCGCAUCAAGAAGAUGUCAUUACCCCGGACGCCGAUCAGGGUCAAAACCGGACCGGGACCGGUACCCGCCUGCCGGUGGCCUCCAGUGCGAAGGCUGCUGGCAAGAAGCGACGUCGCGAGCAGGACCAAGACAUGGCUCCCCCCUCCUAA